AUAAUGCUGUUUUUCUCUUUUUCAUAGGGGAUCCCAAACCUAGUGAAAGAACAGCAGAUUGCAGUUGGAUUCUCUGUCUCCCGCAGAGGUACAAGUUUUCAUGAUUGUUGGAUUUAGAUAAUCUCCAGAAGUUGUUGAAAUGUAGUAGAUCAUUAGUGUGUAUAGAUUAAAAAUGGAUCAGUCCAGCGAUGGAGGAAGAACUUCUGACCCAAAGAUAAAGUGUGCAGAACCUCCACAACCCAGAUGUGCAUCUAUGAAGAGUGAUGUGUCUAUGAAAGAUCCUCUUGGAUUCAGCAGUGGAAAAAGAGAACCCAGCUCUGUAUCUAUGAAGAGUGACGCGUCUAUGAUAGAUCCUCUUGGAUUCAGCAGUGGAAGAAGAGAACCCAGCUCUGUAUCCAUGAAGAGUGACGCGUCUAUGAUAGAUCCUCUUGGAUUCAGCAGUGGAAAAAGAGAACCCAGCUCUGUAUCCAUGAAGAGUGACGCGUCUAUGAUAGAUCCUCUUGGAUUCAGCAGUGGAAAAAGAGAACCCAGCUCUGUAUCCAUGAAGAGUGACGCGUCUAUGAUAGAUCCUCUUGGAUUCAGCAGUGGAAAAAGAGAACCCAGCUCUGUAUCCAUGAAGAGUGACGCAUCUAUGAUAGAUCCUCUUGGAUUCAGCACAGUUCUACACUCAGUUGUUAGCGAAACAGUGGACAGUGUCCUAAAGAGACACAAAACCAGCAUGAAGAACAAGUACGAGAGCUUAUUCGAGGGAAUAGAAUCAGACGAGAAUAAAACCCUCCUGAACAGGAUUUACACACAGCUCUACAUCUUAGAGGGAGAGAGUGAAAAUGUGAAUGAAGAACAUGAGGUUCUACAGCUAGAGAAAACACCUAGGAGACACGGACAAGAUACUCCAAUCAACUGCUCAGACAUCUUUAAACCUUUUAAAGAUCCUGAAAAGGAAGCAGACAAAGACAAUAUUCAAAAACAAAGAGAUGCACUAUUAAAGCACAUUAAAGCUAAUAUAAAGGCUAUACUAAAAGAUGUCAUACAUAAAAAAGACCCAAAAAAACAGAGGCUCAGAACUGUGCUGACUACUGGCAUUGCUGGAAUCGGAAAGACUGUCUCUGUGCAGAAGUUCAUUCUGGACUGGGCUGAAGGAAAAGCUAAUCAGGAUGUAGAUUUUAUGGUUGUAUUUUCAUUCCGGGAGCUGAACUUGAUAAAAGAUGAUCAGUGCAGUCUACAUGAGCUUCUGUGUAAUUUCCAUCCUGAGCUAAAAUAUCUGAAUCCAAAGAUCUAUGAAGAGCACAAAACUGUGUUCAUACUUGAUGGUCUGGAUGAAAGCAGAAUUCCACUGAACUUUUCACAGAGUGAGAAAGUAUCUGACAUCACCGAAACAUCAUCAGUGGAUGUGUUGGUUACAAACCUCAUCAAAGGAGAGCUGCUUCCCUUUGCUCAGAUCUGGAUAACCUCCCGACCAGCAGCAGCCAAUCAGAUCCAUUCUCAGUUCAUCAACCGCGUGACAGAAAUCCAGGGAUUUAACGACCCACAGAAGGAGGAGUACUUCAGAAAGAGAAUCAGUGACCAAGACCAAGCCCAGAAAAUCAUCUCCCACAUUAAGACAGCGAGAAGCAUCCACAUCAUGUGCCACAUUCCCAUCUUCUGCUGGAUCUCAGCAACUGUGCUUCAGAGAAUCAUCAACCAACAUCACACAGAAAUCCCUAACUCUAUGACUGAAAUGUACUCCCACUUCCUGCUCACUCAGAUCAAUGUGAAGAAUGAGAAGUAUGAGGAGAAAGAUGAAAGAGACCCAAAGAAACUGCUGGAAUCCAACAGAACAGAGCUCCUGAAACUGGCUAAACUGGCCUUCAGGCAGCUGAUGAAGGGCAACUUGUUGUUCUACGAAGAGGACCUGAGAGAGAGCGGCAUUGACAUCACUGAAGCCUCAGUAUAUUCUGGGGUUUUUACUGAGGUCUUUAGAGAGGAAUGUGUGCUUUACCAGAGGAAGGUCUACUGCUUUGUUCAUCUGAGCUUUCAGGAGUUCCUGGCUGCUCUUUAUGUGUUUCACUGCUACCAGAACCAAAACAUGAAGGAACUGCAGUGUUUUAUACCAGAGUGUUCUGAGAAGUUUCCAAUAGACACUCUGCUGCAGGGAGCUGUGGCUAAAGCUGUACAGAGUCAGAAUGGACAUCUUGAUCUUUUCCUCUGUUUCCUGCUUGGCAUCUCACUGGAGUCCAAUCAGAGACUCCUAGAGGGUCUACUAAUACACACCCACACACACUUAGAGAAAACCACUGACUACAUCAAGAACUUAAUCAAAGCACAUGACCGUUCUCUUUCUACUGAGAGAUCCAUCAACCUGUUCCUCUGUCUGUCUGAAAUAAAGGACCAGUCUCUCUCCAGAGAGAUUCAUGAGUAUCUAAACUCAGAGAAACACUCAGAAGAGAAGCUCUCUCCUGCACAGUGUUCAGCACUAGCCUACAUGCUUCUGACCUCAGAGGAAGUUCUGGAGGAGCUGAACCCGAAGAAAUACAACACAUCAGAGGAGGGUUACAGAAGACUGAUCCCGGCUGUGGCUGUCUGCAGAAAAGCUGUACUUGCUGGCUGUUCUUUCACUGAGGACUGCUGUAAAACUCUCUGCUCCACUCUACAAUCAGAAAACUCCCUAAAAGAUAUGGAUCUUAGUUACAAUUACCUGCAGGAUUCAGGAGUGGAGAUGCUCUCUGCUGGACUGAGAAGUUCACACUGUAAACUGGACACACUCAGUCUGGCUUCGUGUAAUCUUGGGGAAAAAUCGUGUGAAAUUCUAGGAUCUGCUCUACAAUCAGUAAACUCCUCCCUAAUUGUGCUUGACCUCAGUUACAAUGUCCUGCAGGAUUCAGGGGUAAAAAUGCUCUCUACUGGACUGAGGAGUUCACACUGUAAACUGAAGACACUCCGAUUAGUUGUGUGUAGUCUUGGAGAAAAGUCAUGUAAACAUCUGGGAUCUGCUCUACAAUCAGAAAACUCCUCCCUGAAAGAGCUGGACCUCAGUAACAAUGACCUGAAGGAUUCAGGAGUGGAGAUGCUCUCUGCUGGACUAAAGAGUUCACACUGUAAGCUGGAGACACUCAGUCUAGCAUCCUGUAAUCUUGGGAAAAUGUCUUGUGAAAAUUUGGGAUCAGCUCUAAAGUCAGUAAAUUCCUCCAUGAAAAAGUUGGACCUCAGUAACAAUGACCUGCAGGAUUCAGGAGUGGAGAUGCUAUCUGCUGGCCUAAAGAGUUCAGACUGUAAGCUGGAGACACUCAGAUUGUCUGGUUGUAUGAUUACAAGAAAAGGCUGUUCUUUUCUGGCUUCAGCUCUGAACCCAUCCAACCUGAAAGAACUGGAUUUGACAUGUAAUACAUUUGAAGAGUCUGAAAUGAAGAUCGUUUCUGAUCUACUAAAUACUUCACAGUGUAGACUGGAGCAACUGCUGUUGAAGCAUGGAGGGAAGAACAUGAUGAAACCUGGGCUGAAAAAAUAUGCCUUUAAUCUGACUCUGGAUCCAAACACAGCACACACUCGUCUCUGUUUGUCUGAGGGAAACAGAAAGGUGAAGUGUGUGGGUAAAGAUCAGCUGUAUCCGAAUCAUCCAGAUCGAUUUAAAUGCUGGCAGCAGGUUCUGAGUGCUGAGAGUCUGCCCGGACGCUGUUCCUGGGAGGCUGAGUGGAGCGGGGUGUGGGGAGCUAAUAUCGCUGUGACCUACAGAGGAAUCGAGAGGAGAAGCAUUGGUGAUGAAUGUUGGUUGGGGCGCAAUAAUCAGUCCUGGAGUCUGGAGCACCUUAAUGACAUUUAUUCUGUACUCCACAAUGGACAGAGUAUGUGGAAACAUCCUUACCCACACCAGUCUGGCAGGGUGAGAGUGUAUCUGGACUGUGCGGCCGGCAUUCUGUCCUUCUACAGCAUCUCACCUGAUACCCACACACUGACCCACAUACACACAGUCCUUACCACAUUCACCGAGCCACUCUACGCUGGAUUUGGAGUUGGUUAUGAUACAGAUGAUAGUGUUUGUGUGUGUGAGAUAAAAUAGACUCAAAACAAGAUUUGGGCUAUAAUUGGUCAAACACAAAUGUGUUUGUGUUUUAUGGUAAAAAAAAAAAAAAGAUAAGUGGGGCUUCUGGUAUGGAGCGAAAGGGGUAAGAUGUGUGCAAAAGUAGCUACACAAAACUUUUGCAAUUUUGAAAUAAAAGCAGAUCUUUUAUCACCCAGUGCCUAAAAGGUCCCACUUGUUGAGGAAUUAAGCCGAAACCAAAGUGCAAUGCUCUUGACUGCAUUAGCACUGCUGAAAAAAAUGCUAUCUACAACAACUAAUAAAGAUAUUAGGUGAUGUUCAUGUACUUUUAUUAUUUAAAAAUAACAAUGUAAAUUCUUACCAUUUCUAUGUAAUUAUAUUGCAUGUUUCUAUUGUUUAAUAAUCCAUUUUUACUGAUUUAUGUAUUUUUACUGAUUUUCUUUUAUUACCAGUUCGAGUAACACAAAAGUAAUGCAAUAGUUACUUUUACUGGUAACUUUUAUAGUGGAGUAACUCAGUAACUUAGUUACUUUUUGAAGAAGUAACUAGUAACUAUAACUAAUUACUUUUUCAAAGUAACGUGCCCAACACUGGUUAGACCACAGUAGAGCACAUGUUCUGAGUAAAUACAGGGAUUUCAGGCAAAUUUAAAUAUUUUUUUGGGGGGGAUUUUUUUUUACUGCAAUUGUUUAUGUUUCGAGCAACUAUACAGCAACUUAAUGUGACAAUGAUUAGGCAAGUUUGAGAAAAGUAUAAAGAGAAUGUUGCAAAAGCAGUUUGUUUCAAUAGGUGAGUUGUAAAUGUUGUAAAAUAAACUUAAUUUAAUAGAUUAGGGUUAGAGUUAGGGUCUGUUAAAGUUUGUUCUCAAGUACUGUGGUUGAGCUGUAGAGAGAAGAAAUGUGGAAAGAACUGAAAUGAACUGAACGGAUAGGGACUGAAUAAUAAUAGUAUAAUAAUAAUGAUUAUAAUAAUAACCACAUCUGUUAUAUUAUUUUAAAUAUUAGAUUAUAUCUCAUCAGUUUUUCUCUUAUAUGUAUAUAAUUCAGACAUUGCGUGUAUAUAUUUUUUUACAUCAGUAAUUAUGAUAUGGAGUAAUAUGUUAAGGUUGUAAAGUGACCUUUUCUUGGAUGUAACUAAUAAUAAACAGAAGUGCAAAAAAAAGGUUUAUUUGUCAUUAAAAUUCAUUUCACAAAUUUAGUUCUAAGACACUAUAGGGUGGGCUUUGAUACAUAUUAGCAAAUCUGUCCCCACCCAAAUGUCAAACCAGCUCCUACGCCCUUGAGCUCAACCCUCGUGUGAGGAAUGUUACUAUUACUGUUUUUAAAGGUGCACAUAUUUUAGUACAUUAAUUUUCUGUUCUG